UCUAAAAAUUUUUCAGUUCUCUUUUACUCUUCGAACGAGCUGUUUGUGAGUUGAUUGUCGUCAGAUUGUCGUGUCGUCUAUUAUGUCUCCUAAAAUAAAAGCUGGAACGGUUGUCGAUGUGUUGGGCGACGAGAUGACGAGAAUCAUCUGGGACAGUAUUAAGGAUAAGUUGAUUCUUCCUUUCCUUGAUAUCGAGCUCCAAACUUUCGACCUUGGAAUUGAAUAUCGAGAUCAAACUAACGAUCAAGUAACAAUCGACUGCGCCAAUGCGAUCAAAAAAUGUAAUGUUGGUAUCAAGUGUGCAACAAUCACACCAGAUGAAGCUCGAGUGGAAGAGUUUAAUCUCAAACAAAUGUGGAAAUCUCCUAAUGGUACAAUAAGAAACAUUCUUGGCGGCACAGUUUUCCGUGAAGCCAUCAUUUGCAAAAACAUUCCACGAUUGGUGCCUGGAUGGGAAAAACCGAUCAUUAUUGGACGUCACGCUCAUGGUGAUCAAUAUAAAGCAACUGAUUUCUUAGUUCCAACUGCUGGUCGUCUUGAAAUGACGUUUACACCAAGCGAUGGCAGUGCCAAAGUUACUCACAUUGUUAAUGAUUAUAAGGGACCAGGCGUUGCCAUGGGAAUGUACAAUUAUGAUGAAAGCAUCGUUGACUUUGCACAUUCUUCAUUCAAAUAUGCAUUGGAUCGUAAAAUGCCUCUUUAUCUGAGCACAAAGAACACAAUUUUGAAGAAAUAUGAUGGACGUUUCAAAGACAUUUUCCAAGAAUUGUACAACUCAACUUAUAAAACUGACUUUGAAGCUCGUGGGUUGUGGUAUGAACAUCGUUUGAUUGACGAUAUGGUCGCUUAUUGCAUGAAGAGUGAAGGCGGCUAUGUUUGGGCAUGUAAGAACUACGAUGGAGAUGUCCAAUCUGAUACAGUUGCUCAAGGUUUCGGUUCACUUGGUCUCAUGACAAGCGUUCUCGUAUGUCCGGAUGGAAAAACUGUUGAAUCAGAAGCUGCUCAUGGAACUGUCACUCGUCAUUAUCGUCAACAUCAAAAAGGUCAACCAACAUCAACAAAUCCAAUUGCUUCAAUCUUUGCAUGGACUCGUGGCUUGUUGCAUCGUGCUGCUUUAGAUAAUAAUGCUCAACUCAAGAAGUUUGCUGAAACUCUUGAAAAAGUUUGCAUCGAUACAAUCGAAUCUGGUUUUAUGACAAAAGAUUUGGCAAUUUGUAUAAAAGGUUCCAUGGCUGCCGUUCAACGAAGCGACUACAUGGAGACAUUUGAAUUUAUGGAUAAACUUGCUGAUAAUUUGAAGAAAGCUCUUUCAGCAUGA